CCAUCAACGUUGACCAGACAUCAUCAGCAGCAGCAGCCAGGCCCGGCAGAGGUAAAGACUCAGGCCUUUCUCGUUCGUCAGGUUAGAUCCGCACGACCGUCGUUUACUUCCACCGCACCGAGUGACCUGAAACGAACAUCACCAUCAUCACCAGCAUGGCGUGCGCGGUGGCUACCCCAUUGCCGGAGCCGAUGGACGACUUCCCGGCGUGGCUGGAGGCGCAGGGCGUGAACCAGGAGGUGGCUCGGGCCAUGGACUCGGAGCUGGGCAUCCGGGACUACGGGGUCCUGCGCGCCUGCGUCGGGGACGGCCUCGUGCGUGCCGAGCUGCUGGCCGCGGCGCGCGACCGCCUGCCCUUCGGCUUCUACGCCGUGCUGCGGCAGGUGGUGAAGGCCCUGCGGGGCGACGGGCACCACGAUGAUGCGGCCGCCGCCUACCCUGGCGACGUGACGCUGGGAGGGCUGGUGGACGUGCUGCUCGCUCUGUUCAGCGGCCUGAGCCGGGAGCUGCUGCUGUCCGCGCGGAGGCUGGGCGAGUGGGAUGGACUGACGCAUCCCACAGGUUUAUCAGCCACGGGCGCUGACAGUCCUGAAGAUGUGGGGCUGGGAGCCAUGGAUGACCAAGAAACCAGUGACGGGGGUUUCGCUUUAACCGCCGCAAGAGCAGCUGCCCCCUUGGAUGCGGUAGAUUUCGGUGUUUGUGUAGCAGAAGAUGAGGCCGAGGAGCCAAAGUUGUUGUCUGAUGAACUUCUCCAACGCGAUCAGUUGAUGACCAUCAAAGUUGAGACCUGCGCUGACCUAGCUGAACAGAGCCUGGCUUUGGGCGUUGACGAUUCUGGCUCCAGCCGGAAGGAGCGGAUCGUAAAAGCGGAGAGCUUUGACGGCAGCAACCACUCUCGCGAUCGCCCGCGACUCCUCAUUGCGGACGUGAAAUCGCUGCAGGCGGCCCAAGCAAACUCUCCGCUCGUCGACAACUACCUCCGCUUUCCCCGGACGCAUCAUCCGGCGGCCGACGUGAGACGCGGCAACAAAGCCGCGGCGGCGGCGGCGGUCGCCACGAGCACGCCCGAUCAGCUCGCGAUGGGCCGUGCGCUCGGCUGGGAGGCCGCGGGCAAGGACGCGGCCUACCGGAAGUAUCCCGCCGCGGACGACGAUCCGCUCCCGGCGUGCCACAGCUGCGGGAUCUGCGGGAAGACCUUCUCCAUGCGGCGCAACCUGACGCACCACCAGCGCAUGCACACGGGGGAGAGGCCGCACCGAUGCAAGGUGUGCGGCCAGGAGUUCUCGCGGGUGGACACGCUGAAGCGGCACGAGCGCACGCACACUGGCGAGAGGCCGUACCAGUGCAAGGUGUGCGGGCAGGACUUCCCGCUGCCGGGCACACUGAAACGCCACCAGCGCAAGCACACGGGCGAGAAGCCGUACAGCUGCGACACGUGCGGUCAGACCUUCGCUUGGAAGAACGUCCUCAAAGACCACGAGCGAACGCACACGGGCGAGAAGCCCUUCCGCUGCGACGUCUGCGGUCGGGCGUUCACGCAGUCGUCCUCUCUGAAGUUCCACCAGCGCAAACACGCAGGAGCUUUCGCGCCGGUGAUGAUUAUCUGAAACGGUCCUCUCCCCCCUAGGUAGGCUCGGCCUCAAACGAGUAGCUGGUGCGGUGUGUAGUUAACAUCGACGCUGGGGAGACAAAGGCGGUCGGGCGUGGUGCUGACCACCCACACCCCUCGUGUGCCGUGCCGGCCUUAAUAGGUGCUACUCGCCAACAGCACUUGCCCCAAUAGUCUGUUAAGGCUAUACUGGGGGGGGGGGAUCUUUGUUUUUGUACAUCUUUCACACCGUACGUAGCCCAUCGUGUUCAUCGGAGGUGCUGGUGGGGGAAGGGGCUAUAUGCUAAAAGCAGUCCUAAAUAAAGAGUUUUUUCAGUUUGCAUUCUUAAAGUUCACAGUUUCAGUGUGAAUCUAAUGGCAGAAGAGAGUUUUCCAGACCAGGUGCAGAGGCACUGCUGAAAGCAUGCGAUGCAGUGGGCCGUCUUCGGUGAGUGGCUGAAAAGCUGUGGGGUUUGGCACGAUAGUCUCGGUGGGCUCUCAUGAAAUUGUCUUUUCCGAGACCAAGGUUCUCUGCAAACCUCCUGGCUACCAUCAAAGGUUUGUACACGAAGCCAUACAAAUAUACAAACACAGACAUAAUUUCAACCGUGAUGACGGUUACAAACUGAGUAAUCAUUGGAAAGAUGUGAUUAACCAUGCAAAAAAGAUUUAACUUACCAUGUUUAGUGGUUGUCUCCUUGUCACAGGUUGAGUCACAAACCGUACCUCUCCAUAACAAAGGCUCACCCUCUUAAGCCUCACCUUACCAUAUUAAUAAAAAGUGUGCUGUUUUUGGCCCUUACCCCCCCCCCCCCUUCUCCAACCAUUAUAUAAACGGAGUGGUAGCUCCUGCAAUCUCUCAUUUACUUGAUACAGCUGUCGUGGCUGUGACGGUUCCACCUGAAGACGGAAGCUUGUGUUGCCUCCGAAACGUGAUUUUUAUUUUAUUUUACUUUUAUUAAUUUUAAUGUUUUACCUACGUGACUUUACCGAAAAAACCUAAGAAUACGAUGGUCUGUGUUUUUUGACAGUCUCUCAGCAAGGUACUGUGGUUCGUUGGCAGCGAGCGCUUUGUCUAAAUAAUAAGCAGAACCUUGUAAUGGAUAUGUUGAGCAAC